AGAGAGAGAGAGAGAGAGAGAGAGAGAGAAGAGAGAGAGAGAGAGAGAGAGAGAGAGAGAGAGAGAGAGAUGUUGAUAGACUGACUAUGUUGGCCAACAGGACACUAGCCCUACCUGGAGUGACUGUCAAUUCACCUGCAGGACCUACAACUGUGAGGCUGUUCCAUCUCCGCCGCUCUGCUGCAGGGUGCAGGAUGUGGGCGCUGGUGGGCGUGGCCUGUCUGUGCCAGUGUGUAAUUGGGCAGCUGGCGAAGGCGAAGGAAGUUGCACCCCGUCUGGUAUGCAGUGCUCCGGGGUUGCCGGGGGCACCGGGCAAGCCCGGGCCCAGCGGGGGGGCGGGGGCAGAUGGCCAGGUGGGGAUCCCCGGGAGAGAUGGCAGGGACGGACGCAAAGGGGAGAAGGGAGAGAAGGGGGACGCAGGUGUGAAGGGGCGAGUUGGGCCAACAGGGAGGCAUGGUGACCGGGGGGACCGGGGGCCAGGGGGAAAGAGAGGCCCCGGGGGAGAGCAAGGAGACCCGGGUCCACCAGGGGCCCACGGCCCCCAUGCCCAGAAGGGGGACCGGGGCCCCCGAGGCCAAAGGGGGACCCCAGGCGUCUGCAGGUGUGGCAGCCUGGUGCCCAAAGCAGCCUUCUCUGUCGGCAUCACCAGCAGCUACCCAGCCGAGAAGACGCCCAUCAGGUUCAACAAGGUCCUCUUCAACGAGGGGGGCCACUACAACCCGGACACAGGCAAGUUCAUAUGCGCCUACCCGGGAGUCUACUACUUCUCCUACGACAUCACCCUGGCCGACAAGCACCUGGCCAUCGGCCUCGUGCAAAAUGGGCAGUACCGCAUCAAGACCUUCGACGCCAACACGGGGAACCACGACGUGGCGUCCGGUUCCACCGUGAUGUUCCUGAACCCUGAGGACGAGGUGUGGCUGGAGAUCUUCUUUAAGGACCAGAACGGCCUGUUCUCUGACCCGGGCUGGUCCGACAGUCUCUUCUCUGGGUUCCUGCUCUACGCCGACACCAACUACCUCGACACCCUGUCUGAGGACUAUGCUUAGAUAGAUAUUUAAUACAUAUUCUAGAAAGUGCUAUUCUAUUAUCUUAGAGCGAAGUGAAGGGAGGGGAAGGACUGGAGAUUGUAGCAUUCACAUCAUUUUAAAUGUUCUUAUUUAUGACCUGUAUUAUUAAUCACAGCAUCUAGAAGAAUACAUUAAAUCUCUUCAUAAUAUUCAUGCAUUUUUUAGGUAUUUUGUCAUUACCAUAGUAUGAUGUCAUUGUUGUUAUGUGAUGUCACUCUCGUAGUAUGAUGUCAUGUGUUUAAUCUCUUUAAUCAUUGAGACAAACUUAAUCUGUUACACAGGAGGGAGUUUAUAGGGCCUGUCAGUCACCACUAAGUACAAAGCGUUUAGGUGGUGUGUUUGUUAAGAAAGAGAAUGAUAGGGAAAUCUCCAAGUACACAAUAUUUCUUGUGUUUUCAAAAACAUCUUUAUUUAUCCUCAAGUCUGCAAGGAGACAACAGUUUUCUAUAAAAAAAUCACUUUGAGUGUGACAGAUAGAUUUGCAAAACAAGUCAAGUUAGUUUAUUUAAAAACACCCAACGCCGACCAAAGUGCUGUACAAAGUUAUCAAAUCGCUUAAGUUUCAGUGGGGCAACAAUAUCAAAAAUAUCUGUAACUAUGGUGUUAAACAGAGUAACUAGCUCUUCUGUACCCAGAGAGGAGGUUGUCUUCUACUCCCCUGGUACAUUUACAUUUAGUCAUUUAGCAGACGCUUUUAUCCAAAGCGACUUACAAGAAAGAGCAAAAGCUGCAUAGGUCAAUGUUCAUAAACAACGAGAGAGCCCCAAAACAAAAUUUGAAGCCAAAACAUGAAGCAUACAUUGUGAAGAGCAAAUAAGAGCCAAUGGGUAGAACCAGAAGAGCAUGUAGUUAAACAAGUUCCAGUUAAACAACAUGAUCCUUGAAGGUGCUAUAGUGUACCUGGAGGAAAGCAAGCAACAACAAUAUAAUUCACAGCAGAGUACAAGUAGAACCUGAUUUCGGUCCGCGGGCCGGAAACGCUGCCCCCUCCUACCCCAAUUACUACGCACUAAAUGUUUCCAUGCUUCCAUUGAAAUAAACCAUUUCAAGAUCAAGUCGCAACAGCAAGUACAGUCAACGUCUUUGUCCGGUGACCAAUAUAUAAACAAAGCCAAAGCAAAAAGUUGUACUCACCCUAAAAGGUUACGAUUGGUCCAGGUAUGCAAACAACCCAUCAAAAACUUGAUCUGCUUACAUUCCCAAAGGUCCAAAGCAAGCCCGUAAUCAUAAGACAUCCCCCCCAAUAUUCAAAUAUGGUCGAAAUGUCCCCCCCAAUAUAUUGAUAUAAAAAUAUAAACGUGCUACGCUACGACAGGCAACCACGCACGCUGUCCGGAAUUAUCUUUUUUUUUAUAUACGCCCCCGAUGUUGACUCCAUGCCUACGGCUUGGUCCAAAGGAUCUAACCAUGUCGAGUAGUUGUCCAAACAAUGCAUUAUAUCCACACAUAGCCACAAUCUUGUUGCUUCAUUCUGCCUUCCAAUUAUAUUUUUUUCAGUCUCUCACGCAUUAUGGCUCAAAGGAGGAGAUGUGCUUCGAGUAUUUAUGAGUGGAGAGUCUUAAAAUGGCGGCUACACUCUGCCCUUUCGAUCAACACCUUGUUUGACCCAAUAGGAGCUUCCAUGUCCUGGUGAUGGCCCUCUAAAGCCAACUAGGUCUGUGCGUUCUGCCCCCCCUCCGACCCUUAAGUAGAGAUGCUUUCCUUUUCUGUAGGUGAGAGUCAGAUCGAAUCUUUGCAACAGUAACAUCAUGCAUUGCAGGCGAGCUGGAAUGGUGUGAAAUGCCUUGUUGUGAAUGGUGACCAAGGGCUGGUGGUCUCAAUCACAACCGGCAUCUAGUCAUAGAACUUGUAGCUGGCGGAGACCACUGCUAGAAGUUCCUUUUCAAUUUGCGCUUAUCUCGUCUCCGUCUGGGUCAGUGUGCGAGACGCGUAUGCCACGGGACUCCCCUCUUGGAGGCUAGCAGCCCCUAAACCAUAUUGUGACACAUCGCAUGUGAAUGUCUCUGGUUGGCUCACAUCAUUGGAGUACAGGUGGGCUGCUGAUGCAGGUCUUGAGCCUGUCAAAAGCAUUCUUUUGAUGUCCAAUUCCACACCACUUCCUUGUGAAGCAGCUGACGAAGCGGUGUGGUAAGUUCACUUAGGUUUGGAAUUAAUUUGCCAAAGUAGUUUACCAUUCACAAAAAACUGUGUGUUUCUGUGUGUGUGGCCACCCAAUUCGAAACCCAUUCUGUGGGCUCAUCCACCAGUUCAAUUACGUGUGAGUUACUGUUUAAGAGUUUCAGCAUUAGAGUACAGCAGGUGUCGUAAACUGUGAUGUGCGGCAGUUUGAAUAAAGAAAUGAAACGAA